AAAACAUCUUGGUUUAGUGCGUCUUCAACCCGUAAAGGCUAGAUUCGCUGCUUGGUCUUCGAACUUUCCUGAACACAUUCUUUUACUCCAAAGCAUGACUAUUUUCUUCAUCUUCAUUUAGUUUCGUUUUCAAUCCAUCAUUCUUUCUGCGAUAUCAUAUGGCUCACAAUCACAACUCCACCGAUUCUCCUCUCUCUCGUCGUAUAGUUCGUGCCUUCCUCCACUUCCUAAAUUCUGUUGAACCGGGUCCCGGGGUUGAUGCUGAGGGGAUUCAGGUUGCUAGAGAGUGUUUGACAGAGGCUUUCAAACUUAAUUCUUCUUCUGUGGAUGGGGAUGAUGGGACAUCUGAAUCUUUGAUUGACAUAUUCAAGUCUCUUGAAGCUAACAAGCAAAAUGAAACUAGAAAGUCGGAUGUUGAUACUCAAUGGAAUUGUGCGAAUGCUUCCAGUUCAUUCUCUGGUGAGAAUCCUGCUCGUGGGAUGAAUCAUUCUGAGGCGUCAAAAUCUACGGUUGAAGAUUCAACACAGGAACCUUGUACUUUUGCAUCUAAAGAUGAACUGUGCGGACAAUUCUUUGCUGCUUUGGAGAAAAAUCACUAUUUCAGGAGAAAUACUGAUGGGAGUGAUGACAUAGUGCAACUGGAGAAAGCAUGUUCUUUUUUUGAUGAAGGUUGUAAGGAGAUGGUAAGAUCUGGUUGUCAGCAGUUCUGUUUGAUGAGUUUGGCCGAAUCACUAAAAACAUUAGGUAACAAGGCAAUGCAGUCUAAGAAAUACAAUGAUGCAAUUGAGUUGUAUAAUUGUGCUGUUGCACUCAAUGAAAAGAAUGCUGUUUACUUCUGCAACAGGGCAGCUGCUUACACUCAGAUUAACAAAUAUUCGGAAGCAAUUCAAGAUUGUCUUAGAUCUAUCAAGAUUGAUCCAAACUACAGCAAGGCAUACAGUCGUCUGGGUUUGGUUUAUUAUGCUCAAGGAAAUUACAGAGAUGCUAUUGAUAAAGGGUUUAGAAAAGCGUUGCAGUUGGAUCCAAAUAAUGGCUCUGUCAAAGAAAAUAUCCGGGUGGCUGAGCAGAAAUUGUUCGAAGAGCAAAACCGUGCACAUCACAACCAGAAUCCAACAAGAUCAUCGCAAGAAGUUCCAAACCAAUCAGGAAGCACACCCCUGCCACCCACAUUUUCUUCUGUGCCAUUUAACCCCAGCCAAAUGGCAAACAUGCUCAGGCAUAUGACCUCAAACGCUACAAAUUCACAACAGAGGCCACCGACUGAGGAAUGGGAACAAGAAACUACUAGUGAAAUUAGAUUUGGGGCAGAUAUUUUAAACAUGGAGCAAAUUCCGGAGAAUCUAACAGGGGCCGUUCAAUCUAUGAUGGAAAUUUUAUCUAGGACCGUAACCCCGGGGCAACCACCUGAGGAUCAAACCAAUCCAAGAACAGGACCAAACUAAGCCUUUUCAGCAUUAAGAGAAUGUAAAGACUAUUUUUUGUUUUCCUUUUUUUUAAUAUAUUGCAACAACAGAAUUAACUAACCAAGCUCUUUGUGUGUUUACCUCAUAUACAUACAGUGUUUGAGGGGCACUAUUCUUUUGGGAAGAAAAAUAUACUAUUUGUCA